AUGAGUGGAAAGAUCGUCUUCUUCGAGGGGAGAAACUUCCAGGGCUGCUCGUAUGAGUGCAGCAGCGACUGCUCUGAGAUCUCCACUCACCUGAGCCGAUGCAGCUCCUGCAGGGUGGAGAGCGGGGCGUUCAUGGUCUACGACCAGCCCAACUACACGGGCCAGCAGUACCUCCUGACCCGGGGAGAGUACCCCGAGUACCAGAACACCAUUGGCUUCAAUGACUGCAUCCAGUCCUGUCGCAUUGUCCCUGUGCACAAGGGCCCCUUUAAGAUGAGGAUCUACGAGAGGGCGAACUUUGAAGGGCAGAUGCAGGAGCUGACGGAUGACUGCGACUCCAUCCAGGAUCAGUAUCAAAUGUCGGACAUGCAGUCCUGCAACGUGAUGGAGGGCUACUGGCUGAUGUUUGAGCAGCCAAACUACGAGGGCAGGAUGUUUUAUCUGAAACCGGGGAAGUACAGGAACCUGAGGGAGAUGAGCAGCGAUGACAUGAGGUUCAAUUCAAUCAGACGCAUCACAGAAUCUUAA